UUUUUAUAGAUUUUUAUUUAUUUUCAUGCGUUUUAUUCAACGAUUACAUAAAUUUAUAAAUUUACCAUGCACAGAAUGAUAAACAUACGAUAAUCUUGUUAAAUCUAUGGAGUUCAAGUUUAUUUUUGCUAGUCUUUGGCUUAUAUCAUGAACUUCCAAGCAAUCAAGAUUAUCGUUUGUUUUUACAAUUAAAAUGGUUUUAUAUGUUAAAAAGUAAUUGGAGUUUAUGCUUACAAUUUUGUCAACGAUUCCAUAAAUAUUGCAAUAAUUUUCUUCAUCAAAUGUUUCAAAUACACCGUGCUCUUUCAUAGGCAUCAAUCAAAAACUAAAAAAUAAAUUACAAGAAAUUAAAAUGUGAUAAUUUAAAAUAAUUAAAUAACUCACCAAUUCAUAUCCAGCAGGAGUGCGAAGAUACGGAUAUUUGUUCACGUAGUCAAUUGUGCAUAUUUCAGUUUUUAAUAUUUCUUCACGAAUGUCAUAAGUUCGUUUCCAUGCACUUUCAAUAG